AUGUCUGCAGUUCAGAAGGUAGUGAUUUUUGGUGCCCAUGGCAAGGUGGGUCUGUACUUGAGCCAGAAGCUGGCGAAGCUGACAAGCGAGUUCCACCCAAUUGCCAUCUACAGAAAUCCCGAGCAAAAGGCCACUUUUGACAAAUUGAAUAUCCAGUCUGAGUAUCUCAGUCUGGCCGAUGCAGAUGUCAAAACCAUCACGAAGCUACUUGUGGACGUCAAGGCUGACAGCAUCGUGUUCACGGCUGGAGCUGGUGGUGCAGGGCUCGAUAAGACGUUUGCAAUUGAUCUCGAUGGUGCUGUCAAGACGUUUGAAUCUGCCGUAGAUGCGAAAGUAGACCGAUAUGUUAUUGUCAGUGCCUAUGGAGCCGACAGCAGAGACCAUUGGCACAACAGCUCGAUCCGUCCCUACUACACUGCUAAACACUAUGCUGAUCGCCUGCUGAGGACAUUCCCAUUAAAUUACACCAUUCUCCAACCUGCUCUUCUACUCGAUGGACCCGGUACUGGCAAGGUGACACCCCCCGAGAAGGCUGUCUCGUCAGACGCCAAAAAGGCCAUUCAUCGUGAAGAUGUGGCCUCCUUCAUAAUCGCGACCCUCCGUGACAAGAAGGGCACUACCUUCGGUCAGACCGUACCUCUCAUUAACGGCGAUGUUGAGAUCGAGGGGUUUUAUUAG